AUGUCAUCGGCAUCCCAGUCUAAAACUAUUGACAACCUAACUUAUUUAGGAAGCACGUUGUCACACAAACCGAGAAUCGACGAUGAGGUUGCUCAACGGAUCUCCAAAGCCAGCCAGACCUUGGGCCGGCUGCAAGCCUCCGUGGGAAAUCGCGACGGCCUUCAACUGUACACUAAACUGAAGGUUUACGAGACCGCCAUCAUGGCGACACUUCUGUAUGGAGCGAAGACCAAGAACCUUAUCGUCAAACUUGCCUCGACGCCCACGGCGUCAGCGACGAAGAUCAUAACCACCAUCCUCACCGCCAUCAGUGAUCACACCGCUGAUGCCCCGCCGCCCUCGGUCACUGGUACCACGCCGCGCAAACCGCACGUCAUUCAUGACGGCGCCAACCACCACCACCAACACCAUUACUUCUUCCAGUCCCACCAUAAACCAUAG